AAGGAUCUGUGCUCUCGAUUUCGAUCUCUCUCUCUCUCUCUCUCCCCCAAAAUCGCUUUGAUUCUUCUUCGCUUCAAAUGUUGAUUCGUAAUAAUCGAGAUCGAGAGUAAUAAAUUAAGGAAAAUCGAAGAAAAGAGAGAUCAACGGGGAGAAAAGCGAUGGCUUUGGAUGAGCUGCACGGUUCUCGGAGGGCUUUGAACUACAGCCCUUCGAGGAGUUCGUCGAGCUCGAGAUUGUACGGACCGACGUCGUCGCAGAGGCACCAGAGGCCGGUGCCUCCGGCAAAGAAGCCGCGACCUCUCCGGCGAGCGGUGGCGGAUUGCCUCUCCGCCUCCUCCUCCAACCUUCAGGCGGGGUCCUCCUCAGCGCCGGCUGCUGAAGCUUCUAGAACUCUGAGGGAUUAUUUAGCAAACCCAUCAACCACAGAUAUGGCCUACAAUGUACUCAUCGAUCAUGCACUUGCAGAAAGAGAUAGAAGCCCAGCAGUGGUCCCAAGGUGCGUGGCAUUGUUAAAAAAGUAUCUUCUUCGAUAUGUACCAAAGGUGCAGAUAUUGCGACAGAUUGAUCAUUUUUGCGCAAACUCAAUUAUUGAGUGUGAUUCUAUAGCCAAUCCAAGAGUAUCAUUAUGGUCCAAGUCAUUAAGUCAACAACCUGGGACAUCAUCAGUUACAUCAAAUGCUUUAUCCCCUUCUUUGCAUGCAUCUAAUUUUGCUUCUCCUUCACUUGUCAAGUCAUUAUGUUAUGUUCGAUCCUUGGUGGCACGCCAUAUUCCUAAACUAUCCUUCCAACCAUCAGGCCACUCUGGCGGCUCAGCUUCUAUGAAGCAGUUGCUUCCGACACUAUCAUCUUUUCUGAGCAGGUCUGUUACUUCCCAUUUAAGCCCAGAAGUAGUCAGUAGCAGGGAAUCUCCACAAAGGAAAGAAGGACCGGUUCAAUCAGCUUUAAGCCUUUCUAGUCUUGACAAUGUUGAAGAAGGAGAUAGUAAUAGGAACAUUUCUGUUGACCUCCUCACAUGGAGAUGGUCUAUUGAUUCUUCAUUUUCCGCAAGAGAAAGUGACGGUAUUAUGAGACCCCAAGAUGUCCGGUCACAUGGCUUUCUGGAAGUGGGUGCUGCUGCUCUUCUUGUAGGAGAUGUGGAGGCAAAAGCAAAAGAUCAGUCUUGGAAACAUACUGGAAAUCAAGAUUUAUGUGAUAUUGACCAACUGUUGCAGCCUUCAAUGGCUACAAUGGCAUCUAAUUUUGCAUCCUCUCACAGCCAUUUAAAAGCAAUUACCGCCUCUAAACGCUUGAAACCUGGUCCUCAACAAACCUGGACGACUGUACCAGUGAGCACUUAUCAACCACGAGCCCGCCCUCUCUUUCAGUAUAGACACUACAGUGAGCAGCAACCAUUGCGAUUGAACCCUGCUGAAAUUAGUGAAGUCAUUGCUGAAGUUUGCUCUGAAUCCUCUUCAUCAAAUGUGAAUAUUCAUACUGCAUCAUCACCAUUAACAAAUCUCAGCAGACGUCCUCCUACAGAUGUUGCCGUCAGUGUCCUUGUUAAACUUGUCAUUGACAUGUAUAUGAUGGAUCCAGGCGCUGCUGCUCCUCUUGCUCUUUCAAUGUUGGAGGACAUUCUUGGUUCACAAAAAGUGGCUUCCAGAGUUCGGGCUUUUGACUUGAUUCUAAACCUAGGUGUUCAUGCACAAUUACUGGAACCUGUAUUACAUGAAGAUUCUUUAACAAUUGAAGAAGACGAAUCUCUUCAGGAAUCUGUUUUGAAUGAUGCAGAACAGCCAAUACCACCAAUAAAAACAAAUCUGGAGUCCACAAUGCAGCAAAGAAUGGCUUCUGCUAUUGAUAAGUUUGAAUCGUGGCUAUUAGCGAUUCUUUUUGAGAUUCUUUGGUUUCUUGUUCAGACAGAAGAACAAGAGGAAAUUGUGUGGGCCUCUGCUCUUAGCUGUUUGUUUUAUUUUGUUUGUGAUGGAGGAAAAAUUUUGCGCACCAGAUUGGAUGGGCUUGACAUAAGGGUUAUUAAGAGCCUUCUGGAAAUCAGCCGAAAACACUCAUGGGCAGAAAUAGUUCAUUGCAGGCUCAUUUGCGUGUUGACAAAUAUGUUUUAUCGGGUUCCAAAUGAAACUGUGGAAGCUCUUUCUGAUGAUCCUAUAUUUCUUGCUGAACAAGUUGAAAUUCUUGGAGGAAUUGACUUCAUUUGCCUAGAGUAUUCACAGGCUAACUCAAAGGAAGAAAAGAGAAAUCUGUUUCUGGUUCUUUUCGACUAUGUGGUACAUCUGAUCAAUGAAACUUGCUUGGCUUCUGGUGUCUCUGCUUAUACAUAUGAAGAGACUCAACUUGUUGCUGCCAUGCUUAGUCUCGCAGAUGCGCCUGAAGCCUUUUACAUUGCUGUGAAGCAUGGUGUGGAAGGCAUUGGGGAGAUUCUAAGAAGGCCAAUUUCUGCUGCUAUGUCUAGAUCAACAAACUAUGAACGACUAGAUCUGCUCUUGGACAAGGUCACAAGGAAACUUGAUGCUACGAUAAGUUCAUUCACUCGUUUAGAUAAAGAGUUCUCAUAUAUGAUUCAGAUAACAAAAUCAUACACUUCUUUUAAUAGCAUCGAAGAAAGGCUGGGAGAAACUGAUGGCAUGAGAGUUCGCCUUUCUUGGGCUACUUUGCACUCUCUUCUUCACUCAGAUACGGCUGCUUAUCACCAUAAUGGGUAUAUUUGGCUAACCGAGUUGCUUCUUUUAGAAAUAAGUGAAGAUAGAAAUAGAAGUAUAUGGGGGAAUAUUAGAAAAUUUCAGGAACAAAUUGGAGAAGCUGGCAGUCAGGACUUAACAUCUUCUUCAGUUCCAUUGUCUAUUAGUUUACUCUAUGGGCUUUUGAAGUCAAAACACAACUACAUCAGAUGGGGAUUUCUCUUUGUUUUGGAUAAACUUCUCAUGCGUUUGAAACUGCUGUUAGAUGAGCGCGAGCUACAGAGUACAAGCCAUGGGGAUACUGUAUGUUUCGGCCAUAGUGAAAACCGUUUGGAGAAAGCAAAUGCAGUUGUGGACAUAAUGAGCUGCGCUUUGUCUCUUGUAGUUCAAAGGAACGAGACUGAUCGUAUCAAUAUCUUAAAGAUGUGUGACAUUUUAUUUUCUCAAUUAUGUCUGAGGCUACAAUCUCCAAAUGGAAUGCCUCUUGAGAACUUCAAAUGUCACGCUAAACAGUUUGGGACCAGUGAAAGUUACAAGAGCGAAUGCACAUCAAUGCCACAAACCCCUCAAGAGACGAAGAAUGUCUAUAGAGACGAGUUGCCAGGAAAGGAUCAGUCCAGUCUAGUUUAUGAAACUGCAUCAAUGGCGGCAUUGCUUCUACGAGGACAUGCUAUGGUUCCAAUGCAGUUAGUGGCCCGUGUUCCUGAGUCAUUGUUCUAUUGGCCAUUAAUACAACUUGCUGGUGCAGCAACCGAUGACAUUGCACUAGAUGUUGCUGUCGGCAGCAAAGGAGGAGGAAAUCUUCCUGGUGCUACAUCAGAUAUUCGAGCAGCACUUCUCUUGCUUUUGAUUGGUAAAUGCAGUGUUGAUUCAAAUGCGUUUCUGGAAGUUGAAGGAGAGGAGUUUUUCAGGGGACUGUUAGAUGAUACAGACUCGAGGGUGGCUUACUAUUCUUCAGCUUUCCUUUUAAAGAGAAUGAUGACGGAACAACCUGAGAAGUACCAGCGCAUGCUUCAAAGUCUUAUAAUCAAAGCACAACAGAGCAACAAUGAAAAGCUAUUAGAGAAUCCUUAUCUCCAGAUGCGUGGCAUACUUAAGCUGUUGAAUGAUCCUGGAGCUUAAUAUUAUUGUCAUCCGAGUUAUAUUAGAUUGGAUUUUGUGGCAAACAAACACACAAACAGUGGACAGUCUUCUGCAGAUUUAAGGCUUUGUUACCUAGAAAGCUUGUGAGUUUUUCAAGGAAAGCAAGCCAAAAUAUGUGGAGCCAAACAUGAAUGAUACCAUAAGGUAUCUGAGGAAAGCUUGUAAACUUCAAGUGCUGGCUUUUUAAUUACUACAGCCAAAGCAUAUGCCAUGUACAGAAAUUUUUGAGUUGCUCUAUUCAUUUGAUUGAUUCAUUUUAGUUUACUUCAGAAUCUUGCAGUCAGAAUGACGAACAUGCAGAUUUUUUUUCCCUUCGUUGUUCAGGCAUUUGAAGUGUAUGGGGUUUUGCAGGCUGGAGCCAUCCCACUCUUCCCCAAAUUUUGUAAGCUCGUCUCUUGAGCCGAGGUUUAUGCAGAUUUUUUGUGAGGCAUCCUCGGGUAAUAAUAACAGUUCUCAGAGAUUGAAGUCCCUAGAACAACUAUUUAUUGAGAAAUAACAUAUUGAGCAUGUAGUAACAUUACAGCCAUUUUUGGAAGGUUGGUAGUUGCACUGCAGUUGCUUCUUUUUUAUCUUUCACUUUUUAUCUUUUUCAUGUUGUAAAUGAAUGAAUUGUAUGGUAGGAUUCUGUUUAUCUUGGAAGGUUUGUAAAAUAUUGUGUGGGGAAUUACAUUAUUCAAGUUUUCUAUUUAUGAUGGAUACAGUUCUCUUCAGCCUGC